CUUCGGGAACGGCCGCUCUGCUCCCUCGUCUCGUUGGUUCCGGAGGUCGUCGCUGUGGUGGGAAAUGCUGGCGCGCGCGGCGCGGGGCACCGGAGCCCUUUUGCUGAGGGGCUCUGUGCAGGCGUCUGUGCGCGCUCCGCACCGCGCCUCCUCCGGAUUGCCCCGAAACACCGUGGUCCUCUUUGUGCCUCAGCAGGAGGCCUGGGUGGUGGAGCGAAUGGGCCGAUUCCACCGGAUCCUGGAGCCUGGCUUGAACAUCCUCAUCCCGGUGUUAGAUCGAAUCCGCUACGUGCAGAGUCUCAAGGAAAUCGUCAUCAAUGUACCGGAGCAGUCAGCUGUGACUCUGGACAAUGUAACUUUGCAAAUCGAUGGAGUCCUUUACCUGCGCAUCAUGGACCCUUACAAGGCAAGCUACGGCGUGGAGGAUCCUGAAUAUGCUGUCACCCAACUAGCUCAGACGACCAUGAGGUCCGAGCUCGGCAAACUCUCCUUGGACAAAGUCUUCCGGGAGCGGGAGUCCCUGAAUGCCAGCAUUGUGGAUGCCAUCAACCAGGCCGCGGACUGCUGGGGCAUCCGCUGCCUCCGCUAUGAGAUCAAGGACAUCCAUGUGCCUCCUCGGGUGAAGGAGUCCAUGCAGAUGCAGGUGGAGGCAGAGCGGCGGAAGCGGGCCACCGUCCUUGAGUCGGAAGGGACCCGGGAGUCGGCCAUCAAUGUGGCAGAAGGGAAGAAACAGGCCCAGAUCUUGGCCUCGGAGGCAGAGAAGGCUGAACAGAUCAAUCAGGCAGCAGGAGAAGCCAGUGCUGUUCUAGCCAAGGCUAAGGCUAAGGCUGAAGCUAUUCGUAUCUUGGCUGAGGCUCUGACACAACACAAUGGAAAUGCAGCAGCUUCGCUGACCGUGGCUGAGCAGUACGUCAACGCCUUCUCCAAACUGGCCAAGGACUCCAAUACCAUCCUGCUGCCUUCCAAUCCUGGCGAUGUCACCAGCAUGGUAGCUCAGGCCAUGGGUGUGUAUGGGGCCCUCACCAAAGCCCCAGGACCUGCGGCCCAGGACUCCAUCUCCCGUGGAAACAGCAGAGACGCCCAAGGCACAGACGCGGGUCUAGAUGUGGAACUGGAUCGAGUCAAGCUGAGUUAGUGGAGGCCGUGCGGGCUCUGGUAGCCAGGGAAGCAACACUUGUGGAUUCUGCAUGUGGCUUCUCUGUGAAGAUUUCAGUUUUUAUUUUUUUAUUUGAACUUUAAUCAUGUAAUAAACUCACCAGUAGCAAA